UACAUCAGUUACUGGUUCUAAAGAAACUGCACUCAUGUAUGGGCUGCUCCUCACUCUUCUGAACUUGCCAGCUGUAUGGGCUGCUUCGCAUGGGUCCAGCUGGGCAUAUGUUGGUAAUGAUGGUGAGAACAGCUGGGCAGCAAAAUAUGGCUUCUGUGGGGGAGUUUACCAAUCCCCUCUGGAUUUCCACCAAAGCAUCUUGCAGUUUGACUCUACACUGCUCCCCAUUAAGCUGUCUGGCUACAAUGCAUCUAGUACUGACUCCUUUACUUUAUCAAACAAUGGGCAUACAGUAAAGAUGUCUCUGCUUCCCACCAUGCAUAUGGAAAUCCAGCCAUUCCACUAUGCAGCAGCUCAGCUUCAUUUUCAUUGGGGCAGUCAGACAACUCCUCACGGAUCAGAGCAUUGUAUUGGUGGCAAGAGGUUUCCUGCAGAAGUACAUGUUGUCCAUUACAAUACAAAGUAUGACGGCGUCUCAACAGCAAUGAGUGUUGCCGACGGACUUGCUGUGCUGGGGAUUCUAAUAGAAGUUGGUCCAUUUAAUCCUGCAUUUGACAGAAUCAUAUCUCAGUUUCACAAUAUUCACUAUAAAGAUCAGAUGACUCAAAUACCUGGAUUUAAUGUGCGUGAGCUUCUCCCUGAGAGACUAGAUGAGUAUUAUCGCUACGAGGGAUCUCUUACCACACCACCCUGUAACCCCAGCGUUCUCUGGACUGUGUUCCGUAAUCCUGUGUUUAUUUCUGAGGAGCAGCUUCUAGCUAUGGAGACAGCUCUUUACUGCACGGAGGUGAAUAGCUCUGCACCACUGGAAAUGAUAAAUAAUUAUCGUAAGACACAGGCAGAAGGAGAGAGGUUGGUCUCGGUUUCCUUCAGGGAAGGUGUGGUUCUCUCUGUAGUAUUGGCCUGUGUCCUUGGCACGGUAAUACUGAUAGGACUGGUCUUCUGGCUGCUGCAUUUUAAGAGAAGAAGUAAAGCCCCCAAAGAGAAUAAGAAUGUUGUGUACACACCAACCAUGACGGAAGAGAAUUCCUCUAAAGUCUGACCUACAGAGUGUAUUGCAAGUCUCUGGUAAAAUGAAGUUUUAGCUUCUUGGUACAUAUCACCUGAACUUACUGGUCUUCAAGUCCAUUUGUGGCCCAACUCAGUGUACUCUAAUACUAUUCAGUGGAUAGUCCUGUGUUUUUAUAUUUAUAGCAAAUAACUUGAUUAUUUUAUAGUGUUUUUUUAUUGUUGUAACCCCACCUUUUUUUUUUUUUUUUUAUUUAUUUUUAUUUUAAACAAUCAGCCUGAAAAUGUGAAUUUGCAAUACAUUUACUGCCAGAACUUGUGUUGUGAGUCAUACUUGCAGCAAAACUAUUCCUGGUGCUAUUAGUGUUCUGUCAAUUUAAAUAAAUUGUCAGGCAUAGAGAAGUGCAAAAAGAAAUAUUUUUUUUUAUAUACAAGUAACAGCAAUUCUAAAAUGCAUACUGUAACUGUAUAUAUUAACCCCUGUAAAUGUGUGCGCUCCAGUUCUGCAAUGCAAGUCUGCUACAGAACUAAAAAAGGCUGGUGAUUUGUGCCUUUUGUCAUUGGCUCUGUUGUGCUUUACUGCUCUGGAGUUUCAGAGGUUAAACACACUAAUAUACAAAUGCUCCAAAUUACAUCAUUUUCUUAUUGCCCUUUUAUGUCCCUAUUAACUCUUGCCUGUCAUGAGACUACUCCCCUUUUUUUUUUUUUUUAAAUAUAUAUUUACCUGCAAUACAUCUGUAGAAGUCUAAUGCGAUUUAUACAUUACAUAUAGGCAAUGGUUGCCCAUACGUGCCAGGAAGAGUUGUUAUGCUGGCAUAAAUACUAACUUUUGUACUGGAAAUGUCAUUUUAGUAUUGUGGUAGCCCCAUAACCUUUUAUGGAUGUACUUGGACAUAUUCUGAAAGCUGUUGUCGGCUUAUUUACUAUAGACAAUCCUAUUUACCAUAUAGUGCAGUAUUCAAAAGCGCCUUCCAGAUAUGUCUUAAUGCGGUGAUGUAAAUUUUUUUUAUUGCACCAGAGAAACCAGAGUUUUAGGUUUUAAGGUUUAUAAUAAAUUAUUUCUCUUGUAAAAUCCUUUAGUA